AAUCAGUCAACUCUCUUAACUCACCAAUUAACUAACAAAACAAAACUUCAUUAUGUCGGGUUUAAAUAAAAAUAGUAUUUAUCGUGAUGAAAGUGAAGCUAUUAAAUCAUUAAAAAUUGAAUUGGAUAUUGUUAAUGCAAAGAAUGUUCAUUUAGCUGAAGAAAAUGCUCUACUGCGUUAUAAAUUAAUUCGUCAAACUAAUGAACAAUUUACAACGUCAAAUGUCAAUGUCGAAAGUAAAAUGAAAUUAUUUGCCAUUGAAGAAGAACGAGAUAAAAUGUAUGAAAAUUUGGAGAAACUUAAAGCUAAAUACAAUAAAUUACAUACGGCUUAUUUGGAAAAGGUCAAACGUUGUAAGGCAUUAGAAGAGGUUUUCAGUCGACAGAAAUUGCUGCCUGGUUUGGUGAAGAAGUCUGCAAUUGAAGAAGCUAGGAAUGAUCCCGUCAUUGAUAAUUCCACCAGACAGCAACAACUCCAAGACGAAAACAUCAUGAACUCAACCAAGAUCGCCACUCUACAACGGUCCCUGGACGAAGCUUUUGACAUAAUCGAUGAACUUGACUUCGAAUUGGAAAGUGUCGACUUUCUUGAAAUGGAAAACGAGAGGCUGAAAAACGAGCUGAACAAGCUCAAAAAGAAGGAUGCCAACAUUACGACUUCGACGACCGCAAUGCCGACUACGAAGGCAACAGAAACAUCAACCAACAACGAUGACGCAGACAACAACGUUCAGAGAAAUGAAGAUCAUCGACUUGGGCAUCAUGAAAGAUCAUCAACCUGUUCAAUGGAGCGCGAGUGCCUUCCAGACGGUCUGCCUGAUCUUGAAGCUAUCGAACGGUCAGUCCUAACUCCCAGUUUAAACGAAACUGUGCAAGCUGAAAGCCAUUUGCUUCGCAGGGAAUUGCUGCGGUCUCGCUUACAGAAUACCAGGCCACCACAAGCACAACGUUGUCGUGCCUCAGGGCUUCAGUCAUCAGAGACACCAAUAACGAAGGAGGAGAACUCUUCGGUGGAAUAAAAAUAGUUAACUAUGUUCAUAUACUGCUACGCCUAUAUACGCCGCCGCCGCGCCGAAGCCGUGGUACUCCUAGGUAUCUAACAGAACUAGGUCUACCACUCUUUAACAACUUUUUGAGGUUAUGUAAUGUAAGCUUGUCUUGUUGGUGCUACUAUCGGUCGGUCGUCGUCGUCGUGUUGUAAGUCUUUUUAUUUCUGUUUGUUUCUUUAACUGGGACAAGUUUUUGAUUUUCAUUUGAUGUAAUAAAUUAAAAAUAAAAUGUAAAAUGUUUCAAUAUUCAGAUUGGAA